UGGAUAGGCAUGGGCAGCUAUGAGCUGCGGCAGCACUUCGCACACUACCAGCGCAUCGUCAAGACCAAGCAUGCCUAUGGCCCUCAGGGCCAUCGCGGCAUGAGCAUUCUGGUCUUUGACGCCACCCCAGACGGCUUCAAGGAGGCGGAGAGGCUGGCGCAGCAGUUCGAGAAAGAGGGGCGGGGAAGGAUUGAGCUGGCACGGCGGUCGGCACCGCUGGUGGACCGGUCGGGCAAGCGCAACCUGUUCGGGUACCUCGCCACGCAGCAGGACGUGGAUGAAUUCAACCGGUGCUGCAAAGGCAAGGCGGUACUAAAGGUGGAGGUGAAGAGGCGGAAGGAGGUGGUGGAGGAGCCGAUGAGGCGAAUGCGCGAGCAGGCCAUGCAGGCCGGCCUCUACAAGUCUCAAGUCGUCGAGAUGUCGCACAAGUUGGUGGAGGUGAAGAUAGAGAAGCACCAGCUGCAGGAGCAGGUGGAGGAGGAGAAGGAGCGGCGGCAGCAGCUGGCUUCAGAGCUGGAGGGCGAGAAGCAGCAGCGGCAGCACCUCGAGAGCACCGUGCUGAGUGCCGUGAAGCUGAUGCACAUGAAGGAGGCGGAACUGCAGGCCGUGGUGGCACGCAACAAGCAGCUGGCUGCACAGCACAAAGAAGAGGUGGCGAGUUUGGAGGAGGCGUACGCGCGGAGCCUGGAGGAGAGGGAGAGGAGCAAGCGGGCGGUGGAGGAGAGGGAGGCGGACCUGGAGUGGCGGGGGAAGGUGGCUAACGAGCAGCACGUGGCUGCUGCCCGCACGCUGCAGCGCCAACUGUCAAGCUCCUCCGAGCUCAGUGACGAUCACAGCAGCGCCCUGCGAGGCAGCCUGCACGCGGCAGCAGUAUUCCAAGCAGGGCUGGCGCAGCUGAAGCAGCAGCAGCACGAGCGGCUGCUGCAGUUCCGGCAGGGCGUGAAGCAGGCAGAGCUGGCGCUGCUGCAGGAGAUGGAGGAGGAGCGCGUGCGAUUCGUGGAGGAGUGCGAGGCUCUGCGCGAGGAGAGCGACGCGACGCUGGACCAGAUCGAGUGCCGGGGGGUGGGGAAGGCUGGUAGGUGGAUGGGGGAUGCGGGUGGGGAGGGAGAGAGUGAGGUGGGGGGUGUGUGUUCUGGGAGUGAGGCUGGGGGAAAGGAAGAGGUAGGGAGUGAGGUGGGGAGCGAGAAGGGUGAGAGUGUUGUUGAGGGAGGGGAGGGGGCAGGGGCUGUUGAGGGGGAAAGAGUGGUGGGUGGAGAGGAGGAGGGGGAGCAAGACGAGGGGGUGAAGGAGAGUGAGGAGGAGGAGCAGGGGGUAGGCGUGUGUGGGAUGCAGCAAGAGGCAGAGUUGAGUGAAGACAGUGUUGGGGAGGCAGGGAAUGAUGAGGACAGGGUGGUUUGUGGAAGGGCAGAGGAGCCAGGAGAGGAGGGAGGAACGGAGGAAUGGGGAGAGGGAGGAGGGAAGGAAGAGGCAGAGACACAAGGGACGGUAAGGGAGGAGGUAGGAGAGGAAAAAGGUGAGGAGAAAGAGGAGAAAACAGGUGAGGGGGAAGAGGAGGGACAGGUGGAAGUAAAUGAUAAAUGGGUGGGGGAACGAGGGACAGAAGAAGAGGGGGAAGGAAGCAAGGAAGGGGCAGGGAAGGAAGAAGCGGAGGAAGCGUGGGAGGAAAUGGUUGAUGAAGGCGAGAAGGGAGGAGAGGCAGAAGUUGAGGCAGAAGGGAAGGCAGAAUGGGAGGAAGAAGGGGAGGCAAAGGAAGAGGCCAAUGGGGAGGCAGAAGGGGAGGCAAAGGGAGAGGCAAAGGGAGAAGCAGAAGGGGGGGCAGAGGGAGAGGCAGGGGGAGAUGCAGAGGGGGGGGCAGGGGGAGAGGAAGAGGGAGAGACAGAAAGGGAGCGAGAGGGAGAGGCAGAGGGAGAGGCAGAGGGGGAGGCAUCAAGUCAGGAAAUGAAUGGUGCAAGUGAGGGGAUGAAUGCGGAGGGGGGAGAGGAAGUAGUGGUAGAGGAGUCUGAAAACGGGAAUGAGGGAGUCGUUGAGAAGGUAAAUGUGGGGGGCGAGGGGGUAGCUGAAAAGGUGGCUGAGGAUGUGGGAGAGAGGUUGGAGGUGGGGAAUGGAGCAAUCGAGAAUGCUGUGGAGGUGAAGAAGCUGCUGAGCUCCCAACUGAAACCCUCCAGAGCAGUGGUGCAGAGGAGAACGACGUGUACGGGCCAGAGUCGUUCUUCCUCCAACAAUGAUUAUGGAUCACAUGAAUUCGUGGCAUCCAUUUUUUCUCCCAAGCAUUCCGUUCGGUUUCCGUGUGACUAUAGCCCAGACGUGCAAUCUUUUUAG